AAUUCCAAACCGAACCGAUCUAAUUGGCUCGAAAAAUAACACCGGUUCCUCUUGACUCAAUCCUCAAUAAGGGAAAAGCCUCUGGUUCUAGGGUUUACUUCUCUCCAACUAAACUCUCUCUUUGCCCCCGGAACCCGCGAGAGCUCAUAGCCAUGGCGAGCACCAAGGUCCAGAGGAUUAUGACCCAACCCAUUAACCUGAUUUUCAGGUUUCUUCAAAGUAAAGCCCGCAUUCAGAUAUGGCUUUUUGAGCAGAAGGAUAUGAGGAUUGAAGGCCGAAUCAUUGGCUUUGAUGAGUACAUGAAUUUGGUUCUUGAUGAUGCUGAGGAAGUCAAUAUCAAGAAAAAAACCAGAAAGUCUUUAGGAAGGAUUCUUCUUAAGGGAGACAACAUUACUUUGAUGAUGAACACAGGGAAGUGAUGUUCAUUGGGCAAUUGAGACUGCAUUGUGUUUCAAUUUCAAAGGCUUGGAAGUUAAGAGCUAUGUAGCGUUUACUUUCUAUAUUGAUCAUUAGAACAUGCUUUUUUGGACUGAGUUCGGGUUAUAAACGUGGGUAGGAUAUGAAUGAUGAAAUUCAAAUGUUCAAAUGAUGAUAUCCUUAACUGUUGUAGUGCAAUGCUUGUUGGGAUUCAUAUGUUUUAUGAGACAUAUAGGUGUCAUGAACUAUUUGUAUGCUUUGAUAUUUCUUUUUGGAGGCUUGUUGAAAUAUACUGCUCGUAGUUGCUUUGCA